AUGACUCGACUCACCUUCCCCCUCCCAGCAGAACUCCGCCACUCAAUCCUCACCGACCUCCUAGUAUCCGACCCCUAUGCCCCUCUCUCAUUCAACCCCAUCCGCGGCGCCUACCGUCGAGAUCGCGAAUGCAUCGCUCAGCUCUUCGCACUCAUUCAAGUAUCCAGCGCCAUCCGCGACGAAGCCCUCGAGAUAUUCUUCUCAAGAAAUCAUUUCCAGUUCUCAACACUCCAUCCAUCAUCUUAUCGCGUCCCUAUAUCUUCAUCUCUCAUCCCGGACGUCAUAGAACCAUGGGUUCGAGAUGCGGUAUCCCGGAUGCAAUUCGUACGACUCCGAGUCUUUGGAAAACCACCGCACUUGCCGGCUCAGGUGCGAGAGAGUGUAGUCUAUACCACGGAAAUCCUGAAGAAAUGUAGGCUUAAGAGUUUACAUGUUAAUUUUGCCAAUCGCAUGAUGGUGUGUUAUGCUGAUGAGCUACGAGGGAGGGAACCGGGGAGACAUUGGUUUAGUGUUAUUGCUGCUUCUGGACGAUGCGAGCAUAGGCCGAGAAAACUUGCUAUUAAGCCUUCUUGGGCGGGCGUUGAAGCUGAAGUGUUGGAGCCGUUGAAGAGGUUGAGGGGAGUUGAGUACGUGAGUGUUUUGGGAAGUGUUACUAAUAGGUGGGCGCUGUAUCUGGAGAAAUGUAUUUUAACACCUCCUGGGGUAGAGCUAGAGGAUUACGAACCUGGUGAAGAGGUUCCGGAUCCUAGAUGGCCGAAUCAAGAUGAUGGCGCUCAAUCAACUUUGUUCGGUGGUUUUGGAUCAACUUAA